CGCAAAAUAAAUAAAGGAACGUCAACGAAAAGCGUGGUCUCGUCAUUUUUAGGAAAGUGUUUAGUUCUGCAAUCAUUUAACGUUGUUAAAUUGUUGAAAUUGUUUCCUCAAAAAUCUGCAGAGCACCAGCAUAAUGGUUAAGUCUGCCAAGAAGCUAAAACGGAAAUCUCUGAACAGUUCCCAGUGGGAGGAAGAGGCAUUUUCUGACGAAGAACCCAGAAAACUGGUCGUUGCUCCCGCCGAAAGCGAUGAAGAGUCGGAACCCGAAAGUAGUCAAAACUCGGAACAGGAACUGCAAAGUGACGCAGAGGAUGAUGAUGCCGAAUCGGACGCGGAACCAGAAGCUACGCCAUCGAAGCGAGGGAAUGUGAAAAUGGUCACACCGUUGAAGAAGAAGAAAACCGGCAUAAUUUACAUCUCGACGAUUCCGAAGCACAUGAACGUGACGAUUCUGAGGGAACUGCUGGAACCGUAUGGCGAUGUGGGACGGAUUUAUCUGCAGCCGGAACGGAAAGAUGGUGCGAUCAAGAAGAAAACCGCCAAAGGAAAACGGGCCAUGCUGCGGUACACCGAAGGUUGGGUCGAAUUCAAGCGGAAACGGGUGGCCAAAGCCGUGGUCCAACAUCUCAACACCAAACCGAUCAGCACCAAGAAGAAGUCGGUGUUCUGUGAUAUCCUGUGGAGCAUGAAGUACCUGCCGAGGUUCAAGUGGAUUCAUCUGAGCGAACGAUUGGCCUACGAAAGGGCGGUUUACAAGCAGAAACUUCGCACGGAAAUUGCCCAAGCCCGGAAGGAGGCCAGUUUCUUCCAGAGCCAUUUGGAUCAGAGCGAAGCGGUGCGGAAAAAGGCCAAGAAGGAGAAGAGGGCGAAUAAAGACUAGUUCGGAACAGGUAA